CUGCAGCCUUUUAUAUAGAAGCCUUGCAACUAGAUGAUCACUAUCCAGACAGCGCAAUGUCACACUGAGCGAUCAAUUCACCUGGGCUUUUCACAUGUCUUGAGGUGAUUGCAAGCGACAUCAUUUUCCAGGACCAUCUUCGCGACCUGAAACGAUAAGACGGCCCCCAAGCUACGCCGCACUCCGGUCGGCCCCAAGAAGCGGUCGCAUCAUGGCGAGAGAGCUGUCGCCGUUCAGUCAGAGGCGACUGCUCACUCAGCAGCUGGCCAAAGGCGAGGUUCCCACCCCACCACGCGUGGUACAGGAAAGGGUUGCAAGCAAGGAGCUAGAGCGCGCAAGCAAGGAGCCCUCAGUCACAUCACGCCGCCGGUCGACGAGCAGGUCACGGGAACGGAAGCCCAGAGGCCACACAAGGGACCAUAAGCCGAGAGGUGCCUCGCCAGCAGCAAGCGCAAGCCGACGCGGUCGAGAUGGAUCGCCUGAGCCAUACAGAAAGCCUCGAGAAGGCUCACGGGAGGGGAAGCGGGACAGGUCACGAGACCGCCACAGAGACCGCUCGAAGGACAGACGGCGCGACAGGUCAAAGGACAGCAGGAGGAGGGAUCGGUCUCUAGACAAGAAGCGGGAUCGUUCGCGGGACAGGAGGCGCGACCGUUCAAGGGACAAAGACGCAGACAGGGACCGAAGACGAGAGCGGUCACGGGACAGACACAGCAGACGCGACCGGUCACGCUCGCGAGACCGACGGCGUGGAGACAGGUCGGGGGACGGCAAGCGCUCGCCCUCCGUCUCCAAGUCACCACCGCCCAAACGUCGCCGUCGAAGCCGCUCACGGUCUCAUUCGCGGUCCCCGCACCAGCGCACCAAGAAGCCUCUGCCCGACCAGGAGGUCUCUUUCCGCGGUGUCGACAACUCAGAGCAAGCACCCACCAAGUACGGCGGUGCGCCCGUCAACAAGGAGAAGCCUAACUUCAAGACCACCGGCGCGCUUGCAAAGCACGCCAACCGCGUCGAAGGCACCAAAAUCUCCCUCAAGUACCACGAGCCCCCCGAGGCGCGCAAAGCCCCCCCGUCCCAGCCCUGGCGCAUAUUCGUCUUCAAGGGCGACGAUGUGAUCGACACGAUUGAGCUGUGGCAGAAGAGCUGCUGGCUGCUGGGUCGCUCGCACGAGGUUGUGGACUACGUGCUGGAGCACCCAAGCUCGAGCGGUCAGCAUGCGGUCAUUCAGUUCAGAUACAUACAGAAGAUUGUGGAGGAUGAGUUUGGAGUGAAGAGUACGAAAGGGAUGGUCAAGCCGUAUGUAAUCGACUUGGAGAGCAGUAACGGGACCGAGCUCAAUGGGAAGGACAUCGAGUCGAGCCGUUACUGUGAGCUGAGAGACAAGGAUAUCUUGAAGUUCGCGGGCAGUGAGCGCGAGUACGUGGUCAUGCUACCGCCGCCUGAGGAGAAGAAGAAGUGAGCCAAGAAAAACAACACAAGAGUGGGAUGGAUGCAGGGUAGCUUGCAGCGAUCACGCGCCCUGCAUGCACUGUAUAGCACCCAAGCCAGAUAGAUUGAGUAUACGAUCGGAG